AUGGCAGAAGAGAUAGAACAAAGAUUGACAUCAGAAAGAGACGUAAAUAUGGAUAAUGAAGACUCAGAGUCGUCGGAUUACGUAGAUAUGUGGAUUGAACUAUUUCUAGGAAGAAAAGGUCAUGAAUAUUUCUGCGAAGUGGACUCAGAUUAUAUAACGGAUCGUUUCAACUUAAUUAAUUUACAAAAGAGCGUUUCAAAGUUCACUCAAGUGGUUCAAUAUAUUGUGGAUGAACUUGACGAAUCUACAUUGGAAAACAUGCCUCGUCAACGUCUAGAACAGUUAGAGAAGGAUGCUCGUAAAUUCUAUGGUUUGAUCCAUGCGCGUUAUAUUAUCACAGUAAAAGGUCUUCAAAAGAUGUUAAUCAAAUAUAAAGAUGCUGAUUUUGGUAGAUGUCUCAGAGUAUAUUGUAAUUUCCAACCUUUAUUACCUGUAGGUCUUCAUGACGUUCCAGGGGAAGAUUGUGUGAAAUUAUAUUGUCCAUCGUGCGAGGAUCUAUACAACCCAAAAUCUUCUAGGCACGCUUCCAUUGAUGGUGCUUAUUUUGGUACAAGUUUCCCUGGUAUGUUCUUACAGGCUUACCCUGAGAUGACUCCAAAACAUCCGGUAAAGAGAUAUGUGCCAAAGAUAUUUGGAUUUGAAUUGCAUAAGCAAGCACAAUUAUCUCGUUGGCAAGAAUUGCAACGUCUAAAACUUAUAAAGAAGUUAGAGGACAAAAAAGUGGAUUUGAAUAAGAGUGGUGGUUAUAAAUUAUUGGAGGGGUAA